AUGAAACCACCACAGUUUCAUGGGGGAUUGGAUCCACUGAAGGCUGAAGCGUGGGUCCUUGGCAUAGAACAGUUAUUUGAAGUGUUUCCUUUUUUAGAAACACAGAAAGUAUUGUUAGCAAUUUUUAUACUUAAAGAUGAGGCGAGAAGGAAAGUGUCGGAGUUCAUGGAACUUAAGCAAAACAACAUGUCAGUAGCUGAGUACGAGGCUAAGUUUACUGAAUUGGCCAGAUUUCCACCACAUAUGUUCGAUACCGACUAUAAGAAAGCGAGACACUUUGAAGGAGGUCUUCGAGAUGAUAUCUUAGAGAAGGUGAAUGUACUCAAGCUAGACACCUAUAUUGAGGUGUUAAAUCGGGCCAUUAUAUCAGAAGCUAAUAUAGCUAGGCAGACCAAAUCAUUAACUGAUUGGAAAAGGCAUAUGGCCAGGGAUUGUAACCAAAAUAGUGGAAAGUUAGCUGCUAGCUCAACUGCAUCGAUCCUGAAGCCGGGAAACACUACAAGGCCUAUUACCAUCGGAGACACUGUGAGUAUUCCUAUUGUUAGCGAGUUUCCAGAUGUAUUCUCGGAUGAAUUGCUAGGAGAAUUGGUUAACAGGGAGAUAGAGUUUACUAUUGAUAUUAUGCUAGGCACUCAGCCUAUUUCAAAAACCUCUUACAGAAUGGCUACUACUGAAAUAAAAGAAUUGAAGGAAUAA